UUGAUUUUGGCCUCAUUUUUAGCUACUAAUGCUCCCCCCAUGCAAUUAUGGACAGUGAGGUGUAUGUGUUUGUAAACCUCCAUUUGUUCAUAAAUCAUAAUCAUAUCUUCCCUGUAUAUUAUCCGUACUAUACUACUAUCCAUAAAAUUACUUAGCAAACCAAGAAACUAUUGGAGUCAGGCUUAGUAUAAAUAGGAGGAGUUUAUGUUCACUCAAAUACACCAGAAAUUCACAAAAUAGCAAUAUAACAAUAACAACUCCAAAGCCAUUACACUAUCCCCUCUAAUAAUAAAUUCUCAAUAUACAGCCUUACUCUCUCUUAAGAAGCUAUUCUUUGUGCUUUUUAAUAGAAGAAGCUCUCCAAAGAUGGAUCAAAGGGAGGACCAGAUGCAGACGAGAUUCAACAAGAAACAAUUCUUGAAGAGAACUCUGCAGUUUGUUUUUUCUGUUUCUGUGUUUUCUAUCUUUGUUUGGUACUCCUCUGGCUUUUCCAUACACCCUCAAUCCUUCAAUGCUUACAUCUCUACCUGCCUUUUCUCCAUGAUCACUCACACCCUUGAAAGGAAAUACAUGUUUCUCAUUUGUAAUGGAAUUCUUGCCUUCAUAGCCAAGACUUCUCUCAUGUCCGCUUCACCAGCACCCAUGUCAGAUUCUGAUCACUUUGAGUUUCAAACUUCCAAUGACAUGGCAGUUGUUCCUUUAGGAAGCUUUGAAUCCCCUGAAAAUGUUCCUUUUAUGGUUGAAGAGCAAGUUGAAUUGCAAGAGGAAAACUAUGAAGAAGUUCCAGAAGCUGAAGAACAAGAAGAAUGCACCUUGCAUGCGAAAAAUGAGGCUUGCAUAGCAGAAGAGGAGGAGAACUUCAAAGGGAUUGAUGAAGAAGGUGAAGGGAGAGGAACAGAAAGUGAGGAUGAAGUGGAACAAGAUAAUGAACCAGCAGAAACUAACAAUGAGUUAAUGACAACAUAUGAAGAAUUAGCAAGUACAGAAGAACUGAACAGAAAGUUUGAAGAAUUUAUUAGGAAGAUGAAAGAGGAGAUGAGGAUUGAAGCUCAAAGACCUCUUAUUGCAGUGUAGUAAUUAAUAUCCCGAAUAAAAGAUGACAAUGAAUAAAAUGCUUUGUCUCUGGUUUUUUCCCCAAAUGACUAAGCCUCAUGCAUCAAAGUUCCAUAUAAACUGGUCCUACUCUUCUAUGUUACCAUUUCCUCUUGUCUUUCUAGCUUUAUAUCCUUGAUGGUGUUGUUCUUUUAAUCACCUCUUUGAAUAAACUAAUA